AUGGACUUACCAGUCUUGAUCGGUAAUGUAUUUGGGUUCAAGGCACUGCGUGCUCUAUGUCUGAAGGAUUUGCGAAUCCCAACUUUUUAUAUUAAAACUUUCCAAGGUCCGCCUCAUGGCAUCCAAGUUGAGAGAGAUAAAUUGAACAAGUAUGGUCAUCCCUUAUUAGGAUGUACUAUUAAACCUAAAUUGGGGUUAUCCGCUAAGAAUUAUGGUAAAACAGUUUAUGAAUGUCUUCAUGGGGGAAUUGAUUUUACCAAAGAUGAUGAAAUGUGA